AUGGAUCAGUGCAUGGAAUAUGUCUACAUCCUCUCAGCCAAUUUCACACAGAGGAGGAGCGGCGUGGGCGGCCGACACAAGCCGUUUCCCCUGGACGAUAGGCCCAUCCCUCAGUGUCUCUGCCACCGGAGAGACAGGCAGACGACACAGGCACUCCGCUGCUCCAGUGGGCCACGCAGACCAGACUUGCUCCCCUCCUCCCCUGGGAAAAGCAUGGGAGGGGUGUCCACUCCAGGUGGUGAACCGGCAUGGACCAUGCAAUAUUCCACCCCUCCAAAGCCUUCUCAUCCUCCUCCCUACUUUCUUGGUGUUUUGUCUUAUCGGUACAUAGAGUGGAGGGCGGGCAGCUGUGGGCAGGACGUGGUGGGCAGAGGGGAGAUGAACCGUGCUGGCUGGAUGGAGUUGGAAAUGUGGAUGUUCCCGAAUGGGAAUCGCGACCCGCGAUUGAACACUUCCUUCGGGUCCCCUGCCGCACUUCCCCUCUGCCGUUAA